AUGACUGGUUUUCAGAAUUCAAACAACAACAACAAUAAUAAUAAGCUUUAUACCGAUUCAUCUAACACCAAUACUGCAUUAACAACUACCGCUAUUAUUACUUCACAAUCUGCUUUUACUCCUUAUAAUAAUCAUUCUUCUCCUACAAUAAACCCUACUCCAGUAACUACUCCUCCAAAUACCUCUUCUACAACUGCUCCUACUACAACAAUGAUGACCACAACUUCCCAUUUAGAUAAUAAUGGUAGUAGCACUGCUGCUACUUUAAUCUAUCCUCCUCAUAGUCAUUUCCAAAAUCCAGCCACUCAUCAAUUCUGGCAAGCUCAAUGGAGUUUCGGUAGUCCUAAUCAACCAAACGGUACCACCGCUAUGAUCCCAACUCCCAAUAGCGCUUUUGUCCCUGCUGUUGGUUAUGGCGGUAAUUCUCUUGCUCCUCCAACUCAUACUCCUCGUCCAAAACUUACCACGACAAUUUGGGAAGACGAAGGUACUUUAUGUUAUCAAGUUGAUGCUCGUGGUAUCUGUGUUGCAAGAAGACAAGGUAAACGUGAUGGUAUUCUUAAAAAUGAAAAAGGAAGAGUUGUUGUAAAAGUUGGUGCUAUGCAUCUUAAAGGUGUAUGGAUCACAUUUCAACGUGCUAAAACCCUUGCUACACAAUUCAAAAUAAAUGAAUUACUUUAUCCAGUAUUUGUCGAUGAUCCUAGUAUCUUUCUUCAUAAUUCUUAUGGUCCUGCAAUGUCAACAAGAAUCCCUUCAAUAGGCAACGGUCCCGCAUCUCAAUGGAGACCAAGUCCUCAUUAUGUAAAUAGUUUCGGCAGUUCUCAAUACACUACUUCUGACGCUACAAGGCCAUGGUAUCCAUAUGGUGGUGGAAAUGGUGCUACUACUCAAAUGUUGGCUGCUGCUGCUGCUUCAAAUAAUCCUUCAUCUCAAGACCACUCCCAAAACUCUUAUCCUCCUGCUGCCGGUUAUCCAGAACGUAAUGGCAAUAUUCAAAAUAAUCCACCUGCUGUUCCAGUAUAUUCCACUAAUGCUAACAAUAACUCAAGAUCUCAUCCAUCAUCACAUUCGCACCCACCUGCUCAUAUUGACGAUUAUGAUACUGGUUAUGGUUUAAUAAAUAGUCAAUCGCAAUCUCAAAAUGGUGUAACUGUUGUAUCUAAUCAAAAUAAUGAAGAUAAUACCACAACAAGUAAUGGUAAUGGAUAUUUAAGAGUAUAUAAUAACUUUGUCGAUAGUAAUCACGCAAAUGGUUCAACUAGCCAAUUAAUUGGUCAAAAACGUGGCUUUGUUACCGAUGAUGAUAAUGAAGAUUACAACAACAACAAUAACCAACCAAGUCCACCUCUUGCAAUGCAUCCUCCUCCACCACCAUUAAACAAUAUUGCUUCUGCUACGAUAAAUGUAACCGCUGCUGGUUCAUUUCCAAGUCCUAUGAAUAUGAGUCCAAAUUCUUCACCUGGUAAUUCUGCUUCCGCAUUCUCCGGUUGGAAUAACAACAGCAAACGUAUAAAGUAUGACUAUCCUGAAGCAACUACUCCAUCAUCGGCUCAAUCUUCUCCUAGGAUUAGUACUAAUUAUCAACAAUUACCUGGUUUAGGAAAUGGUCCUGCAACUCCCAGUUCUACUAAUAAUUCUACACACGGCUACACUAGCAGUAAUCUUCAAAUGGUAACAAAUGCUUCUUCACAACAAAAUAGUCCUCACCAUUAUUCUUCAUCUUCAUCCUCAUCAAAUAAUAAUAGUAAUGCUGGUAAUGGUUCUGCUACUGGUACAACAACACCUACAACAAAUACGGAUGGUUUAGUAGAUCGUUAUUUUGAUCAAGGUACUGUUUUACAUACACCUUCAACACCUGAAAAUGUUGUAAACACUCCUGUUGAAGAACCAAAUUCAAUUAAUGGAAGACGUUAUGAUCACCAAUAUAGGCAAAGAGAAGGAUCUUCAGCUGAAGAACUUAAUGCUACUGGUUGGGAUUAG